AUGUCUGUACCAACAAUUACGGACAAAAAGCAGGAAGUGUUCAAUCCGUCACAAAACAGUGGUGACCAUGAAACGCUACUUGCUGAGUCCGCUUUAGGCGAGACAGGGGAGAAGGGAGCGAGCGGACCGGGCCGGAAGGGCGGUCGAUCCCUAGUCGGGAUCAUGCAUUCCGCAUUCCGAUAA